AUGAAUUUCACUGCAGAAAAAUGGGUUUAUAUUUUUUCAUUCCCCCUUUCUCUCCGCUGGCCUAGUGAAAACGAGGGAGAGCGACGGAAAUUUCGCCCGACGCUGACCCCGAUCUCUCCCGACGCUGACCCCCGAUCUCUCCUCCAGAUUCUCGUCGCCUUGCUCGUCGCCUCCAGGGAUCCUCGUCUCCUUGCUCAUCGCCUCCAGAGAUCCUCGUCUCUCUCUCAAUCAAACCCUAGUUCGACACCGUCUCAAGCUCUCGUCAGCUUAAGACCUCGUCUCUCUCGCGAUCGCCUCCGCAGCCCACAAGAUUCCGACUUUAAUUCCGCCUCUAAGCGGCCCUACCACCUCGUGCACACCUCGAGGUCCCUCUCAUCCUCAUCCGCUUCUCUCCGGCGAUCUCUUUACGUUUCGGGCCUCAAGUUCGCCGAUUACGAGGACUAUGUCAUCAAACGAAACUUCUCCGAGCUCCAUCGGUCGGCGAAAGAGGCGUGGGACCUUGGCCUCAAGGUCUUAAAGGUGGAGCUGGAAAUCAACAAUUCAUCUCUCUCAGCAGCAACUGCUAAUGAAGUCGGUUACAAUGAGAAGGACGAAGAGGCUUGCCCCCCUCACGUGAUGCUGACAGGAGGCGAAUUCACCGCAGAGGGAAAGUGUUUUCGUCAAAAGUUGACAUCUGCUAUCAUCAGAAUGAUUGCAGAAUUAAUGUCUGAGAAUUCAUCCUCGGAGGAAUUCCUUCUUGCAUUCUCUUGUAGUUCUCUGCUGUCUGAUAGCCUCCUAAUUGGAGUCAGAGACAUCCUUUGA